AUCGGCGUGUGCAAUUGAUUGAUUUUUUAUUGAUUCACAAAAGAAUUACAUCACAAUUGCCCUUCUAAUUGUAUUAUUUUUGGCUUCCUCAAUUGCCACAAGGCCGGGUAUUUAUUUUUCUUGUUUUUUUUUGUGUUGUGCACCACGGUGUCGAUGAGAUGUCGAUAAGUUGGCCGAUUGUGUCAAAAAAAAAAUCUUCACGAAGGAAAAGUUUUUCCGGGAAAGGAUGUGGCUCCAAUGUGCCCGUAGAAUCUCAACCAAAGAAAUCAACGAAGCCACUGUGAUUGAUUGCAUGUAAUUUAGUACAAAUUGGGUGUUUUGUGGACAGGAUGCCGGAGGACUACAAAUAUACAUUGCUUGAGGAGCUGACGGGGGCUGAGAAUGAGAGGCCAAUGCCACGCAGGAAGGCCAGCAAGCAACAAAAUGAUCUGCAAUUCUCCUUCAUCUGUCUCCUGCUCUGUGUCAUCAUACUCAUCUUCUUCCUCGGUAUGUACACAGACUCCUUCCAUCCCAUCAUCGAUGGCAUUGCCGUUCAGCUGGGCUAUCAGGAGAAGCAGUACGCUGUGAUCCUGGAUGCUGGCUCCACGGGUAGUCGUGUGCUGGCCUAUGAAUUCCACAGGGGGUACCUCGACGGCAGAUUAGUGUUAGAUAAUGAGUUAUUUAAACAACUAAAACCCGGCUUAUCGGCCUUUGCAGACAAACCAAAUGAGGGGGCACAGCAAAUUGAAAAACUCCUUCAGGAGGCAAAGAAUGUCAUUCCCAAUGCGUACUGGGGCAAAACUCCCGUUGUGCUGAAGGCAACAGCUGGACUGAGACUGCUGGAUCCCACCAAAGCCGAUGGAUUGCUGAAGGCAGUGCGGGGAGUUUUCCGGAAAUCGGGAUUUCUCAUUGAGGAGAAUGCCGUGGAGAUUAUGGAGGGUGUAGAUGAGGGUAUCUUCUCGUGGUUCACCGUAAACUUCCUCCUGGGGCGACUCAAUGGGAAGAACACGGUGGCGGCGCUUGAUCUCGGUGGUGGUAGUACACAGGUGACCUUUGCCCCGAAGGAUCUCACGCAAAACAUCUACGAUGGAUUCAUUCACGAAGUUCCCACAACGGGGGAUCAUGUGAAGGUCUUUACGCACAGCUACCUAGGGCUGGGGCUUCACGCAGUUCGUCAUGCUGUCUUCACGAAUGGUCUGCCGGAGAAUCAGACUGCAAUUGACAGUGAAUGCGUGAAUCCCAUUGUGAAGACAAAACUCUUUCGCUAUUCAAACAGAGAGUUCCUCAUAAGUGGCAGGGAUAACAAGAAGUCCACAGCUGAGAAUCCGGAAGUGGACUUUGAGGCGUGUGUGGAUAAUGUAAGGAGUAAGGUUGUACCGCUCGUGAGGCCUAAGCCUGUUACGCUGAAGCAGCAUCAAAUUGCCGCCUUCAGCUAUUACUUUGAGCGUGCCAUUGAAUCUGGGCUUGUUGAUCCAACGCUAGGGGGUGAGAUAAAAGUGGGUGAUUUCUACACCAAAGCAAGGGAAGUGUGUGCUAUUCCCAAUACAGACCAACCUUUUAUGUGUCUGGAUUUAACAUUCAUCGCUAUCCUUCUUCAGGAUGGCUAUGGGUUGAAACCUCAAGCGCAAAUUAAGGUAAAAAUUGCUCAAAAUAAUUUAAGAAAAAAAUUCUCUUAUUCACUUUUUUGUCCUUUUAGCUAUAUAAAAGAAUCGACAACCACGAAAUCUCGUGGGCACUCGGUUGUGCCUACAAUAUCCUAUCAAAGCGGAUGACACAACAGAAGCAGUGAGUGAAGAAAUAAUUCCCAGGGAUUAAAAAUAAAUAAACAAAACUAAAAAAUAGUUCAUGAAUUGGGCUAUUUUUUGUGCUUUCAUAUCAAAAGAGAAAACAAAAGAAAACUCAAAGGGCUUUAAAGACUAAAAAAAAAACAAACAAACAAACGAAAUUUAGCGAUUUAUAGAGUUGGAAUAGAAAGGACAGUAGAGUUAGAAUUUCAGAAUGAGUCCCAUUCUGACAAGCGAGUGCCUUAUGCGUUGAAUCAUCCCCCUAAAAGAAAUGUCCUAAAAUCGCGGGGAAUAUUUAUUAUUAUUUUUUUUUGUUUUGUUUUUUACCAAUUGGCCCAGAAGUAUUGCCAGAUUUUUUUGUUAUCAAAAAUUAGUUUUUUUUACAAUGAAAUUGUUUUUAUAAUAAACAUUCCCUUUAGAUGAGAAUUUUAUGAAGAAAAAAGAUUUUGAAAUAAUUGUUUUUUUUUUAAUAUUGAAAUUAUUAUUAUAGAAAUAAAUUUUCCAUUUUGUGUGAUCCGCACUAAAAAAAAAUGAAGAAGAAACAACACAAAGAUUAAAUAAAUAAAUAAAAGGAAAUAAGUGUUAGGGAAUAACUAAAAAACAAACAAAUUUUGUAUGUUAGAAAUACGAAGAAAGGAAGUAGACGAAGCAGGAGAAGAUACAAUUUAUUAAUUACAAUUAAAAAGAAAAAAAAGAUAAUCAGAUGGAACUAAACUCACCUAUAAAGACACUCACCUCUAUACGAAUUAAACUUGUUUUUACUAAAUGUUUUAGAAAGAAAAAAAAAGAGAGAAAAGAUAAAAAAAAAAUCAUGGAAAAGUGUAAAUGUUUGUAGUCAGGGAAUUAUAUUGUUGGGAACAUUUUCCGGGAGUUUUGUGACCAAGUUUUGUGGCUACACAGGGUGAUGGUGAAGAAAAAAACUGGGUGAUGGGAUUUUUUGGGGAUUUCUGUAAACCAACACCUUGAUGUAAUUUAUUGUUAGGAAAAGUUUCUUGAGAGGCGAUUACUGAAAAAGACAAAUUUUUAAAUAGAAGAUUAAUUAAAGCUUUUUUGUAAGCAGCACAAAAUCCUUCCGUAUUGUCCUGCAAACUCCUCAAACUCGCAAAAUAUUAAAAUAUUGCCUAAAAUCAUUUAAAUGAAGCUUUGAAGAAGAAAAAAACAGGGAAGACGAUCUUUUUAAACAAAUCUUAAGUAUCUGACUGAAAUGACUUUUGCCAUGGAAGGAUUAUUAUUCUUUUGCAGAAGAAUCUUAUAGCUCCUAACUAUAAAAAUCCAGACGUCUCAAGAGAAGGGCUUUCGUGAUUUUUGCACACGUCCAUGUUGAUUUGUAUAUUGUUGCAAUGUGAAUAAAGAAAAACUAAAAAAAAAUA